AUGAGCGAAGAAGAGGUGAGAUCUUUUUAAAGCAGUCUUUUUUAAAUACAACUUCAAUUUGUUCAGCAUUCGGAAAACCCUGGAAUCGAUUGGAAGAAUGUGCCGGAAAAUAUAUUUAACUUGGCUUUGAAGAAAUGCGAGAAGAAAACUAUGGAAAAAAUGGCAUAUUGUGCACCGGAUUUGAACAAAUGGUUUCCUGCCAAAUUUGUAAAAUCGAUUCAUUUCCAGAAACAUUACAGACCUGAAAAAGUUAUUUUGCAUAUAGCCUUCAUUCAAACUGCGGAUUUUCUCGAUCAUGUGCAUAUAAAAGGAGUAUUUCAUAAUCAGGAAAAUGGAACAAAGACUCAACUUGAAUGGUUAGUGGUGAAAUAUUAUUGUAAUGACCCAAUUGAAUUCUCAUGAUAUGAUUCCAUUGUUAGGUUUUGUAUUACUUUCUGUUUGAAACAAUGUUAAUUCUUGCAGGAUUACAACAUAUGUAUAUAAAACAUCUAAAACAGAAUAUUUUAUCGAAAAAAAUUACAUCGAAUUGGCCAAUACCGAAUUCCAAAAAUAUCUAAAGCUCUCACAGGAUAACAUUAGAUAUCUAUCAAUCAACUGGCACAAUCUCGACUAUCACACAUCAAUCCAUCCAAAAAUGUUCAAAAAUCUUGAACAAUUCACCAUGCUUUGUCACGAAGUAAACGUGGUACAAAAUAUUGGAUACGAUUCUGACGACGUAUUGAACUGGAGAAUGGAUCGUAUUCAUAUCAAUGCAAAUCAUUGGAAAACCGAGGAUAUUCGAAAACUUAUCAUAAAUUGGCUAGCAACGACUGAGCCAACAAAGUUGGAUGUUGGUAGAAGAAGAUUUGAAGUAAGGCGAGAUAACUGCAACCAAUCUGGGUGCCUCAAUGGAUUGCCUUAUCAAAAACAGAAGUAUUCUGAGUAUAAGUAAGAAAUCAUUUCUUUGACAAUAAUUUUAAAAAAACACAAGGAAUCACAUCGUUCUAGAACAAUGUGAUUCGCGAAGAACGAUUAUUCUAUCAGUAUAAUCCCUUAAAAACGCAUUUUUCAGCCAGGAUUUUUAUUUCUUCGCUCAUCCCAUAUUUCCUGAUCAUUUCCUGGUGGUUGAUUUCCAAUUUUUGUUAGCUUUCGCGACCUACGCAAUUUCAAUCCAUUAUGAGAAGCCUGCUUAA